UCGAGGUCGUCCACAUCUCCUUGCGCAAGUCCACAGUGCACGUCAUCCAUCACGGCGGCAGCACGGCGCGGGCUGGUUGCCCGACUUCGUCAAUGGCAGCACAUCUUGUACCGGCUGGCUACCUUUCGUAUCCCGGAUAUCGGCGAGCCCUAUCUUCUGUCGACUAGGAACGAGUUGGUCGUCUUGUCUGGGUGGGACGUGCGUGCUACCCUCUACGGGGAGUACAGCAGCAACAUUAGCAUUGGCGACGACGACAGUGUCAUCAUCAGCCGAGCUGACUGCAGUCCAGUCGGAGAUAAUGGGUCGCCGGUUCCCACACCAUCGUCCCACCGUGGGUACUGUACCGGCCACGAUGGCUGCUGCCACGCGCCCAUCCCUGCAGGCAGAACGCCCAAGGAAGUGAGAUUCGAAGUGCUCAAUAGGAAUCAUGGCAACCAUCAUUAUGGUAAUUGGCCGUGGAACUUGGCGUUGGCGUUCAUCUCGGAAGUGGGGUUGACUGAUCACAGUGGCACAAGAUCGUCAUCCACGAUGGUUACAGUUUCGUCAUGUCAUCUCCCAUUGUUCUACAAUGGGCCGUUAAGCAAGGCUUGUCUGUGCCUGCUGCCGACAAGUCAGCCAAGUGCCCAGGAGAUGUGGUCAGCCGACUUUGCAAGAGCGACAACAGCAACUGCCGACAAGAGAUCAACGACGGAGGCUUUACGUGCCACUGCUCCAAGGGCUACGAUGGCAACCCUUACAUCGCUGAUGGAUGCCAAGAUAUUGACGAGUGUAACAUCCCGUCGAUUCGCCAAUCGUGCCUGGGCGGCUACUGUAACAAUUUGCCUGGCCACUAUGAGUGUCGGUGCCCGCGAGGAACCCAUGGCAACGCUUCUGAGCCCCAAGGCUGUGUCACCAAUUCCGCAACAGGAUUAGCCAUUGGUUUGUCAGUUGCAAGUGGUCCAGCGGUCCUUCUGUUGGUUCUGGGCAUAUUGUUCUUACUCCGCAAGUUAAAACAGCGCAGAACAAAACUACUGAAACAAAAGUACUUCAAGCAAAAUCGUGGACAAUUGUUGCAACAGCUAUUGUCCCAAAAGGCAGAUAUUGCAGAAAGGAUGAUAAUACCAUUGGAUGAGCUUGCAAAGGCGACAGACAACUUCAACAAAGCUCGUGAGAUUGGUGGUGGAGGGCAUGGCACUGUUUACAAAGGAAUCCUAUUAGAUCUAAAUGUGGUGGCCAUCAAAAAGUCAAAGAUUACCCUCCAAAAAGAAAUAGAUGAGUUCAUAAAUGAGGUAGCAAUCCUCUCACAGAUCAACCAUAAGAAUGUGGUAAAACUCUUCGGAUGUUGUCUAGAGACUGAGGUGCCAUUGUUGGUGUAUGAGUUUAUUCCCAAUGGAACCCUUGAUCAACAUCUUCAUAUUGAAGAACCAAAAAGGUCACUAUCAUGGAGCAAUAGGUUGAGGAUUGCAACUGAAAUUUCUACUUCUCUUGCCUAUCUUCACUCAUCAGUUUCAAUCCCAAUAAUUCAUAGAGAUAUCAAGUCUGCUAACAUACUUCUUGAUGCUACAAUGACAUCAAAGAUAUCCGACUUUGGAGCUUCAAGGUACAUUCCAGUAGACAACAAAGGGUUGACAACAAGGAUACAGGGAACAUUCGGAUACUUAGAUCCAGAGUGCUUUAACACCGGUCGUCUUAACGAGAAAAGUGAUGUUUACAGCUUUGGUGUAAUUCUCGUCGAGCUACUCACUAGGAAGAAACCAACUUGUUCACAUUUGUCCAAUGAAUAUGGUGGCCUUGUUCCACAUUUCCUCAAUCUACUUGCCUCUAGAAACCUUGAUCAGAUAAUGGAUCCACAAGUUCUAGAGGAAGGAGGCACAGAAGUACAACAAGUUGUUACACUUGCAGCAUCCUGUAUAAACAUAAGAGGUGAAGAAAGACCAACGAUGCGGCAAGUUGAACUUGCACUAGAAGGACUUCAACAAGGUUCCAAUAAAAAGUACAAGAAAAAUGAUAUGGUAGCUGAGGAAUUUGAGAAUCGUAGCAUUGGGGGAAACUAUCCAUCACGGACUAGUGAAGGGCAGAGAGUUCAAGAAUCUAGUAGAAGAUACAGUUUGGAGCAAGAGAUGAUGAUGUCGGCGAGGUAUCCUAGAUAGCAUAUAUAGCUCCGUGUCGUGUGCAUUAGCACAAUGGAUUAGUUAACUUCUACCAGUAUUUUUAUGCAUGAUGAUCUCAAUUGUAUAGUAUCUCUAUUUGUACGUACCA